ACCCUUUUCUUCACUCAUCACACUCAUCGCUGGAGCGCAGGAGGAGCUUGUUUGUUUCCGCAAACCUGCUUACACACGCAGUAUAAUCCAGCUGCCAUCAGCUCAUUGCAAGCUUAGCGGCGGCAGUGUAGCAGAGGAAGCAAGGGAGAGCAGAGCAGGAGAGCCGAUAGAGAUAGCUCCGUGCUGCUGCCGGUCGUCUCGUCCUCGAUAGAGAAUUAGAGAUAGCAGCAGGUUGAGGACCCGGCCGGUCGAGCUGAUCGGAUCGUCAUCGGAGGGAGGGAGAGGGAGGAUGGUGAACACGGCGGCGAGCCUGGGCGGCGGCAGGGCGGGCGGCGUGCUGCCGCUGGCAUCGCUGAACCACAUCAGCAUCGUGUGCCGGUCGGUGGAGGAGUCGCUGCGCUUCUACACCGACGUGCUGGGCUUCGCCCCCAUCCGCCGCCCGGGCUCCUUCGACUUCGACGGCGCAUGGCUGUUCAACUACGGGAUCGGCAUCCACCUGCUGCAGUCGGAGGACCCCGGCAGCCUGCCGGAGAAGAGGGAGAUCAACCCCAAGGACAACCACAUCUCCUUCCAGUGCGAGAGCAUGGCGGCGGUGGAGCGGCGGCUCAAGGAGCUGGGCAUCCCGUACGUGCAGCGGUGCGUGGAGGAGGGCGGCAUCAACGUCGACCAGAUCUUCUUCCACGACCCCGACGGCUUCAUGAUCGAGAUCUGCAACUGCGACAACCUCCCCGUCAUCCCGCUCGCCGGCGCGCCCGUCCUGGGGGCCUGCAAGCGCGCCUCCGUCGUCAAGCAACAGGGAGGCGCGGUGCCCUCCUCCGCCCCCGCGGCGGCGGCCGCGCAGUGCGUGCCGUCGGCCGCGGCGGCGCAGGCCAUCCGCGUCGGCGAGGAGGCGCACAUCUCGUGCGCGUGAUGAGCAGCUAGCCACGGCGUGCGCGGCUGCGCGUGGUCAACUGGUCAUGUCGUCGGCGGUGACGCUUCGGAGCCGUGCGUGCGUGCGCCGCCGUCGACCGUGGUGACGAGGCGGCGCCGCACGAGGCGCCCGUGUGCGGCUGGCGUCGCCGUCUGUAUAUGCGUCGAGUUUAGUAGGGUUGUGUGUAAGAGUAAAAACUCCCUUUCUAAGUGAAGAAUAAACCAAGGCAGGAAGAUUUCUUCUUUAUUUC